AUGGAUGGUUCUGCUGAUGUAAUGUUGGAAGAAGAUGUGAUGCCAUGUGAAACGGCAACUGAGGUGCCGACAGACGAUAUCUACUUGCAUUGGAUAGUAAUUCAGCAGUAUCUGAUUGGGGAGGAGAACUAUUAUCGACGGCAACAUCGCAGACAUAAUAGGAAUGACAAUCUUGUCAGUCCUACAGAAAAUGGGCAACAUACAAUGACUGAUUACUUGUCUUUGUUUCAAUCAGACGGGUCGAGUGGAGAAUAUUUUAGAGAAGAUCUCAAAUUACUAAGUCAAAUUGGAGACACCCAGAUGAGUAAGCUGAGGCCAACAGUCAGGGGUGAGCCGACUGUCGUUUCCUGCAACAUUAACAUCAAUAGUUUUGACUCCGUGUCGGAGAGCAGUAUGGAUUAUGAACUUACAAUAUUUCUCAGACAAGCGUGGCACGAUCCUCGAUUGCGACACAACUCAACGAGUACAAUAGUCAUCAAUGGUGGUGAUGUAAUGGACAUGUUCUGGGUACCGGAUCUGUUUUUCACUAACGCAAAGUCGGUCACAAUUCACAGCACUCCAAAAGAGAACCUUCUACUAAGGAUAGAUCCAAGUGGUAACGUUUUGUACAGUUUAAGGCUAAGUUUGGUGUUAUCUUGUUAUAUGUUUCUUGGUAAAUUCCCUAUGGACACGCAGGAAUGUCAUAUGCAACUAGAGUCAUGUAAGUUUAAAUUAAAGCGGUGGCUGACCAAUACCACUGCUGUUGAGAUUCACGAUGAAGUUGAAUUGCCGCAGUAUUACUUGGAAGGCAUUAAAGAGUUCGCCAAUGUCACGCAUUACAUGACGGGUGAUUUCACGCAUUUGGGUGUAAGCUUUUCUCUAGUUCGAAGUCUUGGAUUCUACGUGUUACAAGCGUAUGUGCCGAGUUCACUCUUGGUGGCGCUGUCGUGGCUCUCAGUAUGGGUGGAGAUAUCUGCUGCGCCUGCUCGCGUGGCUUUAGGAGUUACUACUGUUUUAGCGUUGGUCACACAGGCAACGUGGUUACGCAGCCAGUUACCUAAGAUAGCUUAUGCCACGGCUAUUGACGUAUGGAUGGUUACUUGCCAAGUAUUAGUAUUCCUAGCCUUGUUAGAAUAUUCAGUGGUGUAUUAUUUAUAUUCAUUUGAAAAAGGACAGUACGCAGAGAGAAGAAAAAAACGAGAGUACAGAAGAACAAUACGAAUGAGAGAAAAUUCAAUGAAAGACGCACACAAGGUUUAUGUUGAUACUAUUAUGGAUGUUACUACAUUAUUUCACUUCGUUUCAAAUGGAGAAAAUCAGAUGACGUCACCCAAAGUGUCUGCAAGGACUGUAAGUUAUGAAGACGACGGAGACUCUAAUAACGUCGUCGUAACCGAAACGCCAGUUAAUUCAACAGCAGGGAGAGUACGGCCACGACUGAAAGAGCGCCCGCCAUAUUUUCCCAAGAACAACUCCAACUGUUGCAAUGGAUUAAUGGAUUUCUAUGAAACUUUCAGUAGAGCGAGUACACGUGUCAAAUAUUUCGAAGAAGAUCUAAAACUGCUGAGUCAAAUGGGGGAUUCUAAGAUCAGUAAACUAAGGCCCACAGUAGAAGGUGAACCAACCAUUGUUUCCUGCAAUAUUAAUAUAAAUAGUUUUGACUCCGUGUCAGAGAGCAGCAUGGAUUACGAACUUACAAUUUUUCUCAGACAAUCGUGGUACGAUCCUCGAUUACGUCACAACUCAACAGGUACAAUCGUCAUCAACGGCGGUGAUGUAAUGGACAUGGUCUGGGUACCGGAUCUGUUUUUCACUAACGCAAAGUCGGUCACAAUUCACAGCACUCCAAAAGAAAAUCUGCUAGUAAGAAUAGAACCAAAUGGUGAUGUUUUGUACAGUUUAAGGCUUAGUUUGGUGUUAUCGUGUUAUAUGUUUCUUGGUAAAUUUCCUAUGGACACGCAGGAAUGUCAUUUGCAACUGGAGUCAUUUUCCUAUAAUGCGAAGGAAUUAGUAUUGACGUGGCUGCAAAAUACCACUGCUGUCGAGAUUCAUGGCGGAGUUGAACUGCCACAGUAUUACUUAGAACGGAUUGAGGAUUACGCCAAUGUGACACACUAUAUGACAGGCGAUUUCACGCAUCUGGGAGUUAGAUUCAUUCUGGUUCGGAGUCUUGGAUUCUACGUGCUACAAGCAUAUGUGCCUAGUUCACUCUUGGUGGCACUGUCGUGGCUUUCGGUAUGGGUGGAGAUAUCAGCAGCGCCAGCUCGUGUCGCUUUAGGAGUUACUACUGUUUUAGCACUUGUUACACAGGCAACGUGGUUACGCAGUCAGUUACCGAAGAUUGCAUAUGCUACGGCUAUUGACGUAUGGAUGGUUACUUGUCAAGUAUUCGUAUUCCUAGCCUUAUUAGAAUAUUCAGUGGUGUAUUAUUUAUAUUCAUUUGAAAAAGGACAGUACGCAGAGAGAAGAAAAAAACGAGAGUACAGAAGAACAAUACGAAUGAGACAAAAUUCAUCAAAAGACGAACAAGAGGAAGAAACUCAGAAGGCGCCCUCUAGAAGUGUGAGUUGCGAAGAUGGACAGUCGAAUAACGUCGAUAUCGAGACGUCAGUUUUUCCUAAAAAGGGCAGAGUGAGAUCAAGACUGAAAGGACGCCCGCCAUUGAUGUUUCGAGAUCAAACACAUACCAGUGAACCAGUGUCACAGAUUAUCUAA